UUUAAAAUUUAUUCACGAUGCAUCAUCGAUACAUUUUACUUCAGUGCGAGAGUGGACUUUCAGAAACUUACAGAAAGUUCUAGGCCUUUCCGUAUCUCCAACAGCAGUCAGUUUAGUAAUAUUUGUUUUGCAAAUUAUUUAAAAACAUCACUCUUUUCUCUCAACAACUUGGCCUUUAUUUAGCAACACGGUGUGGCUAGCAAAAGCACAACACCGCUGCGACACUUCCUACUGUAAAAGAACGCACUCGUUCUGAGCUGUGAGUAAACACAAACAGGAUUCGUAAAGAAGGCCUGAGUCCUGGUGCUCAUAUACAACCAUCUGAGUGUGAGAGGGAUUAUACUUUUCACUCUCCGUGUUCACAGCAGGGCGUUUGUGGUUUUUCCUGCGCACACAACACGUGCGUACUCAUGUUCCCGCAGUCCUGGUUUUAUAAAAAAGGACCUUUACUCUAUUUGUAUAACGCCAGUGUUAUUUGAAUAAUGUGUAUAAGGUGGGGCACGGACAGCCCAGGCAGGAGUCUAUUGUUGUUGCUCUUCCUAUCGUUGUCACUGUUUGGGAGUUAGCAGUGCGACACCGGUGAGGGUUGUUGUUCAGUGUCUCCGCGGUGACUGAAUCAGUCAUAACUGGGUCUGAGGAUACCCGUCGUGGGCGGAUGAUGAAAUCACCUCACAUGUACCCCAGUGGACGUCUGACUGGGCGUUAGAAGAGAGUGCGAUUCCUUCCAAACUUCACCGGCCACCAUGGUAGUCCUCCUGUGUUUCAGCUUGUCACUGCUGGCAGCCGUGCAGUGUAACGGCAUCAAGAACUGCCACGCCGGCUGUCGCUGUGAGGUGGAGAGCUUCGGCCUCUUCGACAGCUUCAGCCUGACCAGGGUGGACUGUCGGGGACUGGGACCGGGCACCGUCAUGCCUGUCCCCAUCCCGCUGGACACCACUCACUUAGACCUGUCCUCCAACGCCGUGGGCCCGCUCAGCGACGCCAUGUUGGCAGGACCGGGCUACACCACACUCGUCAGCUUGGAUCUGAGCAACAACCUACUUACAAAGAUUAGCCCCAACGCUUUGUCCAAACUGCGUUACUUGGAGACAUUGGACCUGAGCCACAACAGCCUGGAGAGUCUCCCAUCGAACUGCUUCUCUGGCGUCCCUCUCACCGAAGUCGACCUCAGCCACAACAGCUUCCGGGAGUUCGACUUGGACGUGUUUGGCACCAAGGUCAGCGGUGAACCCAUCAGUGUGGAUCUGUCCAACAACAGACUGGUGUCGGUCGCCAAGACUGAGGGCAAAACGUUACACAUCCAAACCCUCAACCUGUCAGCGAACCGGCUGACCGCUGUGCCGCGGCUGGCCGGACUUCCACUGCGGUACCUCAACCUGGACGGAAACCUCAUCGAGGAAAUCAAGGAGGGAGCCUUCGCUCCGCUGAGAGACCUGGUGUAUCUGUCCAUCAGCAGUCCUCACGCCCUUCACCUGAUCCAGCCUUUCAGCUUCAAGGGCCUCCAGAGCCUGCAGGUCCUGGACCUGUCCAACAACCUCAGACUCAAAGCUCUCAGCACCGCCGUGUUCAGCGGACUGGACGCCCUGCAGGAGCUGAAUUUGUCGGGCUCUGGCGUGGCAUCGCUGCCCAACAACAUGCUGUCCCACCUGCCCAGUGUUAAGAGUAUAACGCUGGGGAAGAACGUCCACUGCAGACGGACGCAGAAACAAGGACAGUUCCACCCGCAGCUGGGUCAGGUCCAGCACAACGAGGUUCUGAGCUGUAAGGAGGAGCGCGUCACGCUGUGAGGCCAGGACGUGGACACAUUCUCAACAAACCUGUGCCUUAUGUGCGUUUAUACGCAAAACGCUUCUGGUGCGACUGGUCAGAAUAUUCAGUCUUAAACUUUUACUGCAGUUCUUACUGUAUCCUCGUGUACCUGCUGUAGCUUCUAGAAAUUCCUGUAACAGAGUUCUUUUUUUACUUCUUAACAAACUUGCAUACACUACAACUAGGGAUGUCCGAUACUAAUGGCCGACCGAUAUUAGCAUAAUUGCCCGAUAUUAGCAUAAUUAUAUAAUAUCUGUUAUCGAUUCU